AUGGGCAAAGAUUAUUACAAAAUCUUAGGUUUAAGCAAAGGUGCCACUGAUGAUGAUAUUAAAAAAGCUUAUCGAAAGCUUGCAUUAAAAUAUCAUCCCGAUAAAAAUAAAGAAGCUGGAGCUGAAGAAAAAUUUAAAGAAGUGGCUGAAGCUUAUGAAGUUUUAUCCGAUCCAAAAAAGAAAGAAAUUUUUGAUAAAUACGGUGAAGAAGGAUUGAAAGCCGGUGGUGGCGGCGGUGGUCCCGGUGGUGCAGGUCAACAAUUCUUCUAUUCUAAUGUUGAUCCUCAUCAAACGUUUCGUAUGUUCUUUAAUGGUGCUGAUCCAUUUGCAAUGUUUUUUGGUGGUGAAGGUGAUGAUGAUGACGGACCAGGAGUUGGUUUUGGUGGAUUUCCAGGUCUUGGUGGAUUUCAUUUUGGAGGAGCUGGUAUGGGCGGUCGUGGUGGCCCACAAAGUCAAAUGCAACGAAAAAAAACUCAAGAUCCACCUGUUGAACAUGAAUUAUUUGUAUCACUUGAAGAAAUAGCAUCUGGCACAACAAAAAAAAUGAAAAUUUCAAGAAAAGUUUUAAAUCCAGACAAUCGUACAACUCGUAUGGAAGAUAAAGUAUUAACUAUUGAAAUAAAACCUGGUUGGAAACAAGGAACAAAAAUAACAUUUCCACGUGAAGGUGAUCAAAGUGCAUCGACAAUACCAGCUGAUAUUGUGUUUAUUAUCAAAGAUAAAGUACAUCCUGUAUUUCGACGAGAUGGUAGUGAUCUUCUUUAUACAGCAAAAAUCAAUCUAAAAGAUGCAUUAUGUGGAACAACAAUUACUGUCCCAACACUUGAUCAAUCUCGUGUACGUAAAUUACAAUUAAAUGAAGUUAUUAAACCAACAACAGAAAAACGACUCACCGGCGACGGUUUACCCUUUCCAAAACAACCAACUAAACGUGGAGAUAUUGUUGUGAAAUUCGACAUUAAAUUUCCGGAUACACUUACUAAAGAACAGAAAGAAACAAUUUCAUCAACAUUACGUGUCUAA